UUCAAAAAAUAAAAUAAAUAAAAACCGUUCAAAUGUCAUCAUAGAUACUUUUAUGUCUAGAUCGAAUGUAUACACUAAGUCAGUAUCGACGUGUUUAAAUAUAAAUAGCGCUUCAAAUCACGUACAUUUAGUAUAUUUAAUGUAUACAUUCGAUUUAGAUAUAAAAGUGUCAAGGUGUAUUACGUAUAGCAAAACGAUCGAUUAAUUCCAUCCGAGCUAAACUAAAUUAAUUGCGUCUAAUAAUUGAUAUCAUUGGCGCUUAUCGAUCGCAUUGGAUAUCAAUCGCGUGAUAUCUGACCUAUAUCUAGACUAUAAAAGAAAUGUUAUUAAUGUCGAAAGUUGAUAUCUUCGAAGAAAAAAAUCACGUAAAAUUAUCACGAAGAUGGCUGUUCCGGCGAUCGCAUUGUUUCCUACUUUAUUAGCGUCCAUUGUGAUGAAUGAUACGAAUCCGAAUUAUACGUUUUUCGCCGAUGAUCAUGGAAUAUCGUUCUUGAUCGAUAUCAGCGAGCCUGCAUAUUAUACGCUCUUCGAACUCACAAAGAUCGAGCAAUCUGCUCGCGAGACUUCCUUCUUUCUGUACACUCAAAACAAUCGGAAAAUUGGACAGCAAUUAUUUAUCGACGAUAUAGAAAGCGUGAAAAAUAGUUUUUGGAAUCCUCAUCGUUCCACUUAUAUCGUCACUCACGGAUGGCGAGGAGAUACGGAUCCUGGAUCCUCUUGCACCUUGAUUCGAGACGCUUAUCUCAGCACCGGCGACUACAACGUCAUCCUGGCUGACUGGCGAACCGCGGCGGGAAAUCUUUUAUACUGGAAAGUCGUGAAAAGCGUACCGCUCGUGGCGGAACAUCUGACUCGGUUCAUCAAUUUCCUGGUGAAGAAUGCAGGUCUCGAUACCAAGAGAACUAGGCUAACAGGACAUUCUUUGGGUGGACAUAUUGUCGGUCUUGCCGCACGUGCCAUCGAUAGCAAUAUCGCCGAAGUGAUGGCUCUAGAUCCCGCGAAACCUAUGUACAAUUCGAAAGGACCAGGCGAAAGGGUGGACAAAACGGACGCGGAUUUCGUGCAGGUGAUCCACACGAGUUCCAUCGGUAUCACGAAACCGAUCGGCGACGCCGAUUUUUAUCCGAACGGCGGUAACAAGCAGCCGGGAUGCAGCGUAAUCGUGCCAGGGUGCGCGCACUCGCGCGCUUAUGAAUAUUACGCCGAAUCUAUCAUGAACCCAACAGGUUUCCGCGCCGGCGAAGUAUUCAUGGGCGGACCCAAGUUGGAUUCAAAGGCACAAGGAUCGUACACUCUACAGACCCGCGAAUCAUCACCCUUUGCACUCGGAUGACGAUCAACGUUAUCGUUUUAUAGCCACCUCUCGUAAAUAUUUCUAUGAUGUCAAAAAUAAACUUUGUCACAAACACUCUAAUCAAUUCUCUUCAUAUUAUUCAAAUAAAUUA